AUGCGGUCGGCGUUCUUCCUUGGCGUGCAGCGUGUGGUGCUGAGCAGCGACAGUGCGGGCUGCACAGCAGCCGUUGCACGCGCCAGCACCGGCUUCGUGGAACACAUGGAGGUGUACCGCAGCGUCAUGCCCACCACGGCUUUUCUCGAAAACACUAUUGCCCAGCACAAAGCACGGGGUGACGCUCGUAAGUUGUGCAUUUACGGCGCCACCGCAACACCGUGGCGAACAGCUGGGCAGCAGCGUCAACAGCAGCAGCACCAGGGAGAAGAAUCCGGAUUGCCACCGCGUCGUCUUGUGUUGCUCGGUAACGAGGACAAGGGCCUGCCCCUGGAGGUGCUGCGUCUUUGCACACACGCUGUGCAUGUCCCUUCUCUGCGACAGCGGGAGCAGCGACAACAACAACAAAAACAGCACCAGCAGCAUGGACGGGUUGAAGCUGUAACAUCAGAAGGAGGAGGGGUAGGCGUGAAGGAACAGAAGGCGGGAGAGGUGCUGGUGGAAAAUGCCGCCACCCUUCGCCCGCAGGAGGUUUCGCUCAACGUGAGCGCUGCGAGUGCCGUUGUGCUCGUGGCGCUGCUGGCCGGCGGGCAGGCGGUUGAGGUGCACCCGAUACAAUAA